CAACUCACGUACAUCGAAGCAGAUACUAAGGGGAUGUGGAAGAGGCGAGAGGGAGAGGCAGAGAUGGGGGGCUGGGCGAUUGCCGUGCAUGGGGGAGCUGGUGUGGACCCCAAAUUGCCGGAGGAACGGCAGGAGGAGGCGCGGCGGGUGCUGAGACGCUGCCUUGGUGUGGGCGCCGCCGGCCUCCGAGCCGGCCUCCCCGCCGUGGACGUGGUGGAGAUGGUGGUCCGGGAGCUGGAGACCGACCCGGUGUUUAACUCCGGUCGCGGGUCCGCUCUGACUCAGGAGGGCACCGUGGAGAUGGAGGCCAGCAUCAUGGACGGCCGGGGACGGCGCUGCGGUUCCGUCUCCGGCCUCACCACCGUCAAGAACCCCGUCUCCCUCGCUCGCCUCGUCAUGGACAGGUCUCCCCACUCCUACCUCGCUUUCCACGGCGCCGAGGAUUUCGCCCGCGAACAGGGGGUUGAAGUGGUGGACAAUAGCUACUUCAUCACUGAUGAGAAUGUGCGUAUGCUGAAGCUGGCAAAGGAAGCAAACAGUAUCGUGUACGAUUACAGAGUUCCAGUCCCGAGCGCGGACACCUGCAGCGCCAGCGCUGGCCUGGUGGGCGCAACGACAGAUGGCGGCCUGCAGAUGAACGGCCUCCCGAUCAGCAUCUACGCGCCGGAGACCGUCGGAUGCGUGGCGGUCGACAGCUGUGGGUGGUGCGCCGCCGCGACGUCCACCGGAGGGCUCAUGAACAAGAUGAGUGGCCGCAUCGGGGACUCGCCCUUGAUCGGCUCCGGCACCUACGCCUGCGGAGCCUGCGCCGUGUCGUGCACCGGCGAGGGCGAGGCCAUCAUCCGAAGCACCCUAGCGAGAGAUGUGGCAGCGCUGAUGGAGUACAAGGGGCUCGGCCUCCAGGAGGCGGUGGACUACGCUCUCAAAGAGAGGCUGGACGAGGGCAAGGCCGGGCUCAUCGCCGUGUCGAGGAAUGGUGAGGUGGCCUAUGGAUUCAAUACCGUGGGUAUGUUUAGAGGAUGUGCAACGGAGGAUGGGUUUAUGGAUGUGGCCAUAUGGUAGGCGUCAUACUCCUUCUAUUCGUGGCCUAUGAAUUUAUAGCGAAUGUAUUGUAUAAAUCUUCAUUCUAUAUAUACUGUGGCUUUCUAUGA